AUGAAUACUUCAGAGAACCAGACAACACCUAAAAAGACUAAUCCAAAGUCUGAAGAGAAUGGCAAGCAAGACACUGCCUCUAAAAAAUCUAGCAAGAAAGAUGAUUAAGUAGAACUGUAGUAAUCCGCAUCAAAAAGAGUAAAGACUAGUGAGAAUUCAGAUGUGAAGUAAAAAUAAACCCCCGCUGGUGAAAAAGGAGAUAAGCCUGCUAAUGCCAACAAGAAACCAGCUAAAAAGAACAUUCUCAAAGAUGCAGAAGAUGAUGAGGACUCGGAAGAAGAUGAUUUCAGAGCUCAAGGUGAAGAAGAUGAAGAUAGCUUUGAUUCAGACUUUGAUGAGCCUGAAAGUGCUGGAGCUCUCGAAGAGGAAAAGGAAUUUGAUAUGGAGGCAUACCUCAAAUGGCGCCAAGAAAACCCUGAUGCAGUUGAAUAAGAAGGUGACGGCGAUGAAGAUGAAGGAGAUGAUGAAGAUUACGACGAUGAAGAGGGGGAAAAUGAGGACGAUGAGGACGACGACGUAAAUAAUUGA